UAGAUGAUUCCAUGGCAGUUGGCUACCUGACAGCAGCCUGGCCCAGAUACAGGAGUAGUGGGGAGUGGGAUUUAUCUUCUCUGUUUUAUAGGCUACAUCAGCUCCACCACUUCCAGUGCCUCAGCAAUUACUAAGAGUUUAGACUUUGUUCUUCCCUUGUGAAGAAGUAAUCAAAUAAGAGAAGAGAGAUGUGAGAUAUUGGUGGUGGUCUCAGCUUGAAAUCCCCACUCGCAAUGGCAAAAGUAUCACUCAGAGGUAUCCAGGCCACCAACAUGUUCUUCUCCUCAUGGGCCUUAAUCUUCUUGACGCUAGGAAUCCUCAGAGAAGAAUGGGUUGAACUGACAUUGGAAACAAAGAAAAAUACAAUAAGCCACAGUCCUUGGAUAUGUUGCACUACUCUUUGGCCAGAAGAUGGCCUGGAAGUGGUCAGGAUCAUGAUGAUUUUGUGUCUCAGCCUUUCCUUUGUCCAUAACUUGUUCCUGGGUUUGGAAUUUACCUAUUUCAUUCCUCAAACUAAAUAUGUCUUCUUCAUCACUGUAUUCCUCAGUUUCUUCACAGGUAUCCUUUUGCUCUGUGCACUCAUACUGUAUCAGCUAAAGCUAAAGCAAGGUCAAUCCGUGUACUACUCUACUUACAAGAUCACCUGGAUCAUUUUCACUGCCUACUUAAGUGUUUCCUUCUUUAUGGCCUCUGGAAUUCUCUCUCUCCUAGAGUGUAAAAAGUCCACCAGUGCUUGUGCCUGCGCGACCCUCAUCCAUACACCUGAAAGAGAAAGUGAGGACAUAGAGGAAUCUGAGAGUUCUGUAAAAAUUGUUUCCUUACCAGAAAAUGCAGCAGCGCCUCGUAGUAUUGUUCAUACAAGGGAAGGUUCUCCAAACAGACCACAACUCCAAACUCGUCGUGUAACCUGGGCUCUAUGAUUUGACAAUUGAUCUUUCAGCAUAUGCUUAUCUUAAUGGAAACAGCUUUGCGUGUUAUGUGCUGUGUGUCUCUCUACAACUGUAUUGUCUUUGUUUGGCAUUAUUUAAUGACUAUGCCUGGGUCAGGGUCUAUAAGAAAAUCCAGAAGGUGGCUUUAAAAAAAAAAAAAAACAGUUUCUUCUAUUUGUUCACACGAUUUAAUAACAUUUGUUAUUCAUAUAAUAAUAAAUAUUAUCCUAUAACUAA